UUUGCGCCGUUAUAGCCGCGCGCCUGGCUGUACCUAAAUUUUUUUUCUUUUAAGUUUACUUUAAAAUUAAAAAAUGUACAUACAACAACGUUUUGGUUUGUCAACAGCUCGUGGUUCCGGUACAAAUGCUUAUGUUCAGUCAAAUGUUGCUAAUCUCUUAGCUUUUCACGGAAUAAAAUUGUUUACAAUGCUGAAGAGGAUAUUGCUGUUCGUGCCGAAGCAGAAGUAG